GCGUGGACACGGAUGGACAAAGAUGGGCCAGGGCUAUGGUACGGUUGCAGAAAGAACUCGCUGGCUUCUCACCGGAGAAACGAGGACGUUGCCUCAUCCGUCUGCGGGCCGGCCUUCCCUCCCUGAGCUCUACAGAAACCCCGACACAGUGGUUGGAACAGCUCCUGGCGCUUCUGCUUGUCAUGGGGGAGGACGUGCAUGUGGGGUCUGAUGGUGCGUUGGAGGUCCCUGAGAUUGAAUGGCUUCGAGGGUGGUCACCGGAGCUUGCUCACUUCAUCCCCGGCUACGACUUCUCCGCUAAUGUGGCGCUGGUUGAGGACUCGCUGGAAGCCGCUCAAGUUGAUGGGAAGGCGACAGAAGAUGAUCGUGACCUCGAACGCCUUCUUCGGGAUGAGGACGAAGAGCGACAGUGGAAGCAGGCUAAGGAGGAGCACGAAGCUGAGGAGCUUCGGAUGUUCGAACAGGAGGAACGGCGCUUUCUGCAGCGUGAAGCUGAAGCUUACCAGGUUUGGGAAGAUGAGCAGCUUCAGGCAAGCCUGAGUGCAAUGGACCGCCCGGUCAAGCGCCGCUGCAUGCUCACCUUGCGUGCAAUGGAGGGCUCCACGGGCCGACCAGUGGCGCACACCUUGGCUAUGGAAGUUCCUCGGGAUGGUACGCCGUUGAUGCUCAACUUGCAGGUGCAGAUGGAGGAUACCCCGAGUGAGGUGCCGACCGUGAUGGUGCGGCCGCCCGCCACCGUUGCCGCUGUGGGCUCCGACUCUGGCACUGGCUCCUCCGGCAUUGCUGGACCGUCUGCCACAAGGUCUCGGCCGAUGGAUGUGACCUCCACCGCUUCGCCUGUCUUGGACUUUGCGGCGUACACGGCUCUGUACACCAGGUGGAUGCAGAAGGAGAUCUCCUUGGAGGCUGUGCGGCAACAAUAUGGUGGCGACACGGUUGACCUGUUGCAAGCGCAAUACGCUCUCGAACUGGAGAUUGAGGGCGCGAAUCCGGUGGUGAAUGUCGAGCCAGAGAGCGGGGAACGUGGUGCCAAUGCGACGGACAUGCCCGAGUUUGUUCCUGCGGGUGACUUGGAUGCGCAGCCUCUGCUCGUUCCGGUGUUGGCUGUCUGGGAGAUGUUUGACCGUUGGCUUCGCCUUGGCCCGGACGUCACUGCCACUGCCAGAACGAGUCAGGAGUGGCUUGACAUCUUUCGUGCUAUGGCCGCUGGCGGCUUUGCCCGAGCUCGUCCUCUCAUGGAGCAUCUGGUGAAUUGGGAUGCCUUGAUGGACUUGCCGCAGGAGGGACGGGUCUUCUUUGCAGCGGACACGGAGUUCUGGUCUAUGUACGCAGAGGGACAGCCACGAGAAGAGACAGGUGAUGAUGGAGGGCAUGACAGGGGUGGAGAUGACACCAAGUCGAUCAGGGAUGCCAUGAACUGA